AUGAGUGUGGCGAUCAGGGGCAACACGGGCUACGGGCUGAUGUCGCUGACGUGGCGGCCGCGGCCUGUGCCGCACGACCAGGCAUUUUCCACGAUCAACAACGCGCUCGCGGACGGCGUCGAGUUCUUCAACGCGGGCGAGUUCUACGGCAAUCUGCCCAACGACAAGCACGCGAAUCUCGAGCUUUUGCGGGCCUAUUUUGCCAAGUACCCGGAGUCGCGCGCCAAGAUGGUUGUCUCCGUGAAGGGGUGCGUCGAUAUUCCGAACCCGCCCGACAACUCGCCCGAGAACAUCGCCAAGUCUAUCCGGAAUAUCGCUUCCUAUUUUCCGGACGGCACGUUUGACAUAUUCGAGCCGGCACGACAGGACGGCAAGCACUCUGUCGAAGAGGUGGUGAGGAGUAUUGUUCCGUUCAUUGAGGAGGGCGUCAUCCGCGGAAUCUCACUCAGCGAGGUGUCUGCCAGCACGGUUCGUCGUGCUGCCAAAGUGCACCCGCUUUCGUGCGUGGAGGUGGAGUUUUCGCUGUGGUCGCGGGAUAUUCUGAGAAACGGCGUGAUGGAGGCGUGCAGGGACCUCGGAAUACCUGUGAUCGCGUACUCGCCGCUCGGCAGGGGCUAUCUGACGGGCCAGAUAAAAUCUGUGGACGACAUUCCCGAAGGAGACUUCCGGCGGAUGCUGGACCGGUUCUCGUCGCAGGAGGUUCUGGAGAACAACAGGAGCGUGGUGAGACUGGCAGAGGAGCUUGCAAGACAGAAAAAGUGCACUGCUGCGCAGAUCGCGCUGGCGUGGAUCCGCAAGCACAACGAGUUCCCUGAAAAGUACGCCAGGGUGAUUCCGAUCCCCUCGUCGUCGACUCCGGCGAGAAACCGCGAGAACAACACGGAGAUCCCGCUCACGGACGCCGAGUUCGCCGAUCUGAACGCGAAACUCGACAGGAUCGAAAUCCGGGGCGGCAGAUACAACGCGCACGCGGUGGAGUAUCUGGAGAAAUAA